AUGAGAUUCAAAGCCAACCGGUAUUUACCCAAAAUCUUUACCGCACAGUUGGGGUCAGCGGUCGUUCGACAAACACUCGGCUGCUCUGCCGUUGCUCCGCCAUUUCUUUCCGACGAAACCAUGGUCAACCACCUUUUCCACGCUUUUUUGGCUUCUGCGAUCGGUCUAUUAUUUUUCGCCUUCCAAAAUUAUGUACCUAACUAUCCAGUUCAUCAAGUCGACAAGGUUCGUCAUUUUUUUUCCUUUUUUAAGACUUUUUCUAAAAAGGCUGAACUUUUCUGGAAUAUGAAUAGUAUAUUCUACAAAGGCUUACAUGAAGCUUUCACAAAUUUGCUUCCUGCGCAAACGUCUAGUUGAAAAAGGAACUUUGAAGUUUAAAAAUAGUUAUUUCAGUUCACAUUUUCCGUCGAAAGCAAAGAUUAGAAAGUAGAUACGGUUUUUUUUUUAGGUAGAAACUUCAAUUAAGCCUUCAAAUUUAUUUUACAUGGAAGGUCAUUUUUGCGUAGGGUUUGGAAUUUUCUAAAAAUUUGCUCAAACAAUCUUUUAUGGACUGGGAAUCGAUCCCCCAUAGUCGCAAUCUGCGCAAACUUUUCGCUUUGGCGAUAUGAUUUUUUAAAGUUUUCGUCCUUUAAUGUUAGCAACUUUUGAGGAAUUAUUCCUCUUUUUAGAGGAAAAACCCUUUUUUACUGUUACUCAAUGCAUGCCUGUCUACGGUCCACAGGUCACAAGUUCGAUCCCCGUUUUCUUAAGAAAGCAAAGCAAAAAUGAAUGAGAAUAUAUGCCAGAAAGAUCUCUUUCUUCACAAAUUAGGUUCACCUGAUUGGUUUUCAUUCCCGCGAUCAGCAAAAAGUCCUCUGAAAAUUGUUCUUUGAUUUCAGGACGGAUUCUGGAAGACAGGAGAAAUUUAUAAAGACGAUGACCAAAUAAAACCGUUUUCCAUCGACAUCGAUCAGAAGAGGUAACCUAGAAGGAAGAUAAUUUAGCUCUAUCCUAUCCUCAGGAAUUUUGGAAAACUAUUUUUAGAUUUACCCUGUGAGGGCAAUUUAUUUUUUUUUUCCUCUGAGUUUCAUUAUUUUAUCAGUAAUGAGCCUGAUCUCGGUAUUUUACACAGUUCCACAUUCAUUCAGUCUUCAGAGAAGAUUCCCUGAAGGAUGAAUCACGCUAAAAAGUUAAAAAAAAUCCUCGCGUGCCAGUUAAAUAUGCUAUUCUUCGUUUAAAAUUAGAAUUUCCGCGUUUUCUGGCUUCCAAACUUACAUCAGAAAAAGACUUGAGCGAAUGUUCUGAAAAAAAAAACCCAAAAUUAAAAAUCUUCCUUUUUAAAAGUUUUGAAAAACCCUUUGAAACGUGGUAAUUUCAGAAUCGAAAACUUCAAAACCAAGCUCAAAUCGGAGAUCGUUCCGAAAGCGCUGAUCGGUGACGUUGGAGCUGAGAGCAAUGAGAAGUUUUUGACGAGUCUGAGGAAGGUGAUGUUGGACUUCGACUGGGCUCAACACCAGCAUUUCUUGAACACCUUCAAGCAGUACACGUCAGCGUCUCUUUUUAAUACAGAAAAGUAGAGUAUUCCUGUUUCAGAAGGGAAAUCGAAGGCUUAAAAAUACACUUUGCUCGUGUUUCGACGCCUACAGGCAAGAACAAACGUCUCGUCCCGCUGCUCAUUCUUCACGGCUUUCCGGGAAGCUUCUGGGACUUUUUUAAGGUAUAGAAAUGAUUUGUAGCCCGUUCCGGGCCAGCUUGUCCCGUUUGUGUGUUUCAAAAAAGACCGUAUACCAAAUUCUACCAAACUUCGCUUCAAGACCUUUUUUACAGAUUUGUGGAGCCGUGUAUACGGUAGCUUUUCUAUGUGCUUUCAAAAAGCUACCGCCUACCUGUAUUUUUGAAUUAUUUUCAGGUGAUUCCGAUUUUAUCGAAUCCCUCGCGGCACGGCUUCGACUUCGGCUUGACCGAUUCGAUCCACUUCGACGUCAUCAUUCCAAGUCUGCCUGGGUUCUUGUUCUCCGAGAAGCCAGAACUCGUCGGAUUGGAUCCCGGGGCGAUAGUUCGGAUCAUAACGAAGCUCCUGGAAAGAUUGGACGUCUACAAGUACUACGUUCAUGGGUGUCAAGGUAUGAUUAAUUUUUCGCCGACUUGAAGGGUGAUAGAUUAGACUUAUUGCAUCUUUGGGACAGUAAAAAACAAGUCAAACGUCUACGUCUUUUUCUGAUAGUUUUUUGAAAUUUUCUGCAGUUAUUUGAACUUGUAAACGUACUGCGAAAAACUCUAAAGGCCAUUUAAGAGGUUCCGCAAGGACUACUUGAAGAGGACACUCAAGUGGCCACUAAAACCACCUCUUUAGAAGCCAUUAUUUCUCGUCUUAGUGGCCACUAUAAUAGUUUUUAGCUGAGUAGUAGUAUCAGUUGGACCUCUAAAGUGGCCACUAAUUCGACUCCUAGAGUGGCCUCUGAAAAAAUCCAAAAGUGGCCACUAAAAAUUUUACUACAAUCGUCUUCCACUCAGAGAAAAGAACUGACCGUACAAGGAAUAACUAAAGAUUUUCAAAUUAUUCCUCAAAAUUCAGGAUUCGGAGCCGACCUGGCAGCCCUUCUGGCCUCACAGCACCCGAGUAACGUCCUGGGUCUCCAUUUAAGCGAUCCCUUCGUCCCGCCAACCUUUUCCACGUCAACUUUCUUCAAAUACGCCGUUGAGGGCUUUUUCGAUGCCGGAAAUAAUACCUCCAUCACUGAAUAUUUCAACAGUCGGCCGUUUGCUCGAGAGCGGAAUCCGACAGCCUUAGGUUUCCGUUUUCUUCUGCUUUUUUGAUCUUAUUUCAAUGGGGAAACCUUGAAAAACAAAAAGAAGCUAUUAAAAACGGAAAUAGUUGAUUUCAAUGACCUAUGUUACACUGGAUUUUCAACGGUCUCAAUAGUUCAAAAAAUAUAAAAAAUCUCCAGGAAUUUUCGCUCAAAACUCGCCGCUUGGGACGGCCGCCUACUUGAUGGAACUCUGGCGGCAGUAUUCGAUUCGGAACUCAGAAGACGUCGUCACGCAGCUCAACGAACGAUUCACCCUUGACGAGCUGGCCACGGAGAUCUACCUCCAGUGGCUGACGGAGACAGUCCCCAUCGCCCUGACCGUCUUGGACAAGGCCUACAACGUCGAUUCCAGCUGGUUGAAGUCGGCUUAUUCUCUCGUUCAUCCCCUCAUCCGAAUCUUACAGUUCUCAAGUCAAAGUACCGACUGCGGUCGUUUACACGCCGGAAUCGCCUUGGAGAAGCUCCUGGGAGGUUUUGGCCCACAAGUUCUUCAACAUCACCCGGUUAGCUUCGAUUCGUAUGAAUUUUUUACUUCUUAGGAACGCCAGAGGGGUCCCUAUAGGGGUUAGGGAAUAACGAAGUCCCGUAGGGAACAAAAAAAACGCCCCCUAUAGCCUAUAUGGGGCGUUUUUUUUGUAUAUAUGAUAUAAUGUUAAAAUCUAGGUGGUCCUUAUAGGGGUUUAGGUUUUGACCCCUAAAGCUUAAGUGGUCCCUGUAGGGGUUUUUUUUAAAUUUUUUGUUAAGAUUUGAAAAUAUUUUAUAAACAUUUGAUCGAUUUUCUUCUGUGGAUUUUUUCGAUACAAAAAAUUCCUUGAGUAUUUCGCAUAGAAAAGCUUCUUCUCAUGGAAUUCAAAGAAUCGACCCCUAUAGGGGAGGUAAAUUGGUCCAUAGAGGGGAACCUACAAGAGUCCCUAUAGGGACCACUCUGGAGCUCCUAAGUAAUUCAAAAAUAGGUUUUUACCAUUCAAAAUCUUAGUUUUCAGGUUCACCGAGCUACCGAAAGGCGGCCUUUUCCACCACCUCCAAGACGCGCACAAAAUCGCCGCCGAUAUUUUCGGAUUCGUCGAAAUUGAGCUCGGGUAG